AUGCCAACCCUAGCCACUCUCUCAGUCUCUCUGUUCUUCCUUCUCUCCGAGUCUCCGUGCUGCGGCGGCGCCGCCUGCCAGGGCGACGGCGAGGGUGAGGCAAGGCUGCGGACGCUAGCACGCGAUCCCUCCUCCCGAGUCCCCGGCGAACGGCGGCACCACGUAGAUCCGGCGAAGGCGGUGGAGGAGGCGAGAUCCGGGCACGGCGGCGUCCGUGCUCUCUUUCGCGGCGGUCCGAGGGGGCAAUGCCCGAGAGCGGGCUCGGUAAGGUUUUUCAGUCUUCAUUCAUGGGAUUCUGCUAAGUGUGCUGCCUCCCUCGAUUAUUUCAGAGAGUUCUCCACGAGGACAGGGGUCGACGCAGAGCUCCAGAAGGGACCAGUACGCGGGGCGACCGAGCGAGCCUUGUCCACAGCGGGUACGUUGGCAAGCGCUGUCGACGGAGGGCACGGGAUGAUCGGCGGGGCCAAGCACGUCUCCUCGGCAGCUGCGACGACCGUGCGGGCCGGGGCACGGUUCCCCUGCGCGCUAGGCGGGGGCACGGCGUCCCCAACGGCCGCUCGCACCAGGCAGGGGCGCCGGGGAGGAGGGAGGAGCGAUGGGCUCAGUGCCAGCGACGAGGACGGGCGAGGGCAGGCCGACGGUGGCGGUGCCGGCGAGGGCGAUGGCGAGGGGCGGCCGCUAGGGCUAGGGCGAGAGCAUGGCAGGCUCGCGUUCACCCCUUCGGCAUCGCCGCGUGGGGGUUGGUUCGGUUGCGUGAGCGGCGGGUGGCGGGGGAGGGGGGAGGCGGCAAUUACCAUACUAACCUUCUCUGCGUAA